CGAUCGAGCGAUAACAGUAACGGCAGCGCGAAUUUCGGAUAUUUUGAAUAGUGCUACAUAGGAGUAUAGAGGUCGAGUCGGAGACGCAAGGAUAGAGUGUAAGCUGCAGAAUGGAACGCGACGAGGCGUCGACUACCACUACGGAUGGCAAAUCAAUGGAGGAGACACCUAUAGCGGCUGGCUUGGAGCCGACACCACCCACCAGCUUCUGGCAGCUUUUCCGAUUCUCCACCUACAUGGAGCUAUUAUGGCUCUUCUUCGGCUUCAUCAUGUGCUGCAUUAAGGCUCUCACGCUGCCCGCCAUCGUCAUCGUUUAUAGUGAAUUCACGGCCAUGCUAGUGGACCGUGCCAUGCAAAUCGGAACCAGCUCUAAGGUUCAUGCUUUACCGCUCUUUGGCGGCGGCAAAAUACUCACGAAUGCCACACGGGAGGAAAACAAUGACGCCCUAUAUGACGAUUCCAUAUCUUAUGGCAUACUGCUUACAAUCGCAUCGAUAGUCAUGUUCAUAUCGGGCAUUUUCUCGGUAGAUAUUUUCAAUUUUGUCGCCCUGCGGCAGGUGACGCGUAUGCGAAUAAAACUCUUCGAGGCAGUCAUGCGUCAGGACAUUGGCUGGCAUGACUUGGCCACCAAACAGAACUUUGCCCAAAGCAUGACGGAUGACAUUGAAAAGAUACGAGAUGGAAUAUCUGAGAAGGUUGGACAUUUUCUUUAUCUAAUCGUGGGCUUCAUCAUCACGGUGGCCAUUUCCUUUGCCUAUGGCUGGAAACUGACACUGGCAGUUAGUGCCUAUAUACCGCUAGUGAUUGUGCUUAACUACUAUGUGGCGAAGUACCAAGGCAGGCUGACCGCACGCGAACAAGAGUCCUAUGCAGGAGCUGGCAAUCUGGUCGAAGAGGUUUUCAACUCUAUACGGACCGUGGUCUCGUUUGGCGGUGAAAAGCAAGAGGUGGAACGCUUUGAGAACUUCUUAGUGCCAGCCCGAAAGGCGAGUCAGUGGAAGGGCGCCUUCUCCGGCUUCAGCGACGCCGUCCUCAAGUCCAUGCUAUUCUUUUCCUGCGCUGGCGCCUUCUGGUAUGGCGUCAACCUCAUUAUCGACGAUCGCUAUGUCGAAGAUAAAGAAUAUACUCCAGCAAUUCUUAUGAUUGCGUUCUUUGGCAUCAUUGUGGGUGCGGACAAUAUAGCUAGGACCUCGCCCUUCCUCGAAUCAUUCGCGACUGCACGCGGCUGUGCUGCCAAUAUUUUUAAGGUCAUUGAUCUACCUUCUAAGAUUGAUCCUUUGUCCACCGAUGGCAAACUGUUGAACUACGGACUGCGCGGUGAUAUUGAAUUCCAGGAUGUCUUCUUUCGCUAUCCGUCACGACCAGAAGUCAUUGUGCAUCGUGGCUUAAAUAUUAAGAUUAGAGCGGGCCAAACGGUUGCUUUGGUUGGUUCUUCCGGCUGCGGAAAGUCAACGUGCAUGCAAUUGCUUCAACGCUUCUAUGAUCCAGUGUUUGGUUCCGUUCUACUGGACGAUCUCGACAUACGCAAGUACAACAUUCAGUGGCUGCGCUCCAACAUUGCCGUCGUUGGCCAAGAACCAGUUCUCUUUUUGGGCACAAUAGCACAAAAUAUUAGUUAUGGCAAACCCAAUGCCUCUCAAAGGGAAAUAGAGGCAGCAGCCACUCAGGCCGGUGCCCACGAAUUCAUCUGUAGCUUGCCGGAAAGCUAUCAAACGAUGAUUGGUGAGCGUGGCUCUCAACUUUCUGGAGGCCAAAAGCAACGCAUUGCUAUUGCACGAGCGCUUAUACAAAACCCUAAGAUAUUGUUACUUGACGAGGCCACCUCAGCCUUGGACUACCAAUCGGAGAAGCUGGUGCAGCAGGCUCUAGAUCUGGCUAGCAAAGGCCGAACUACGGUAGUGGUUUCCCAUAGACUAUCCGCCAUACGCGGCGCGGAUAAAAUUGUCUUCUUACACGACGGCAAGGUUCUUGAGGAGGGUUCUCACGAGGACCUAAUGACUUUGGAAGGUGCCUACUAUGAUAUGGUGCAUGCUGGCGAUAUUAAAAUGCCAGAAGAGGUCGAAAAGGAAGAAGAUAUAGAUGAGGCAAAGCGUAAGCUACUCUUACAAAUUCAAGUCGUACUCUACUUUAUUAAUUCGUUAUUCUUAGGGAAUAGCCUGGCAGUAUACGAGAAAUCCUUCGAGACCAGUCCAUUAAACUUUGAAAAGAAUCAAAAGAAUAGCGUCCAAUUCGAUGAGCCCAUUAUUAAGCCCAGCAAAACCAGUAAUGUCCAACAAGGGGAAGUAAAAGAGCAGAAACCCAACUUCUUCAUGAUCUUUGGACGCAUUAUGCGACUCGCCCGUCCCGAAUGGUGCUAUCUUGUUCUUGGUGCUAUCAGUGCCAUUGCCGUGGGAUGUACUUAUCCAGCAUUUUCGAUUAUUUUCGGAGAGUUUUAUGGGGCACUUGCAGAACAAGACGAAAGGGUGGCACUAAGUCGCACAGCCGUUCUGUCGUGGGCAUGUCUGGGAGUGGCAUUUCUUACCGGUAUAGUCUGUUUCCUGCAAACAUAUCUCUUCAACUAUGCUGGCGUCUGGCUGACGACACGUAUGCGAGCUCUGGCAUUCAAGUCGAUGGUGAGUCAAGAGAUUGGCUGGUUUGAUGACGAGAAAAACUCCGUAGGUGCACUCUCGGCACGCCUAUCUGGUGACGCAGCAGGAGUACAGGGAGCCAUUGGAUAUCCCCUGAGCGGUAUGAUUCAGGCCUUGUCCAACUUCGUAGCCGGUGUAUCGGUUUCCUUCUACUACAAUUGGAAGCUGGCCUUGCUCUGUCUGGCCAAUUGUCCCAUCAUUGUAGGCUCCGUCAUACUGGAAGCCAAAAUGAUGUCGAAUGCCAUGAUACGCGAGAAGCAAGUGCUCGAGGAGGCCUCUCGAAUUGCGACGGAGUCCAUUGCAAAUGUGCGCACCAUUGCCGGUCUGCGCCGUGAGGCUGAAGUCAUUAAGCAGUAUAGCGAGGAGGUGUACCGCGUUGAGGGUCUUAUACGACAGAAGCUGCGUUGGCGCGGCGUUCUCAACUCCACCAUGCAGGCAUCCGCAUUCUUUGCCUAUGCGGUGGCGCUCUGCUAUGGUGGUGUCUUAGUCUCAGAAGGACAGGUGCCUUUCCAGGACAUUAUUAAAGUAUCUGAGACAUUACUCUACGGCUCAAUGAUGCUGGCUCAAUCGUUAGCCUUCACGCCUGCCUUUACCGCAGCCCUUGUGGCUGGUCACCGGCUUUUUAAGAUUCUGGAUCGUACUCCACGCAUUAUUUCGCCCAUGGGUACUAUCAAAAACACGCUGGCCAAGCAACUAAAUCUCUUCGAAGGUGUGCGCUAUCGCGACAUUAAAUUCCGCUAUCCCACGCGUCCGGACGUUAAAGUACUCAACGAGCUUGAUCUGGAGGUCCUGCAAGGCAAAACUGUUGCCCUAGUCGGGCACUCCGGUUGUGGCAAAUCGACUUGCGUGCAGCUGUUGCAGCGCUAUUACGAUCCUGAUGAGGGAACUAUUCACAUUGAUCAUGAUGAUAUACAACAAGACUUAACCUUGGAUGGAGUGCGCAGCCGACUUGGCCUUGUGGCCCAGGAACCCUCACUCUUUGAGCGCACCAUCGCUGAGAACAUUGCCUAUGGAGACAACCAUCGCACUGUGCCCAUGACUGAGAUUAUUGCCGCCGCCAAAAGCGCCAAUGCACACUCGUUCAUCAUGGGACUGCCAAAUGGUUAUGAGACUAAGAUGGGUGCUCGUGGCACACAAUUAUCGGGCGGCCAGAAACAACGCAUUGCCAUCGCACGUGCUCUCGUUCGCAAUCCAAAGAUCUUGCUGCUGGAUGAAGCCACCUCGGCAUUGGAUUUGCAGAGCGAACAGUUGGUGCAGCAGGCUUUGGACUCGGCCUGCUCGGGACGUACUUGCAUUGUCAUUGCACAUCGUUUGUCGACCGUGCAGAAUGCCGAUGUUAUUUGCGUCAUUCAAGAUGGUCGGGUAGCGGAGCAGGGCACCCAUUUACAAUUGAUUUCCAAAGGUGGCAUCUACGCCAAGCUCCACAAAACGCAAAGAGAUCAUUGAGGGUGGACCCCAAUUCGCCAAAUUCUGCACUCACACAAUGGGUUUUAUUUUUUCAGUUCAUUUAAGUUUAUUCAGAUUUUUCAAAACAGCUUCAAUUACAACUCUUUUGUUAAACGGUUUUCUGUGCUCUUAGUUGAAAAUCAUGGAACCAAUAAGUUAAAAUACAGAAAUACUCUCUGGCUCUGUUUCCCGUU